CUCUAUCUACGCGUCCGUCUGUCUCCCUCUCCCGGUCUCCAUCUUUAUUUACCUAUCCAUUCGUCCACCCCCGUCUUUCCUUUCUCUUCCUCUCCUUUCCUCCCAGUUCCACGUUCCGCGCGACCUACGUGCUCUAUCUCCGUCUUACUCUCCCUCUCCCUAACCCCUUUCUCCGUGUCUGCCUAGCCCUCGUCCCCUCUCCUCUCCCGACAGCAUCAACUUCCUCUUUCUCUCGCCGACCUUCCAUCCUCCAUCCCUUCUCCGUCUCUCCGCUUCACACCCUUUUCCGCCGAACCCUGGGUGCAGUCACCGCGAGAACCUUCAGCCAACCACCUCUCCAGCAGGGUCCAUUGCGAGGGGAGAAGAGAACCGCGAUGGUGGGUGGUGGUGAUUGCAAGGUCGCCACUGUGGACGUGGAGGCAGCCGCUGCGGACAACACGGCGACGCUUCCGGUGACCAGAUGUCUGAAUCCGCAAAACUCGUCGCCAAACGCGCAGGACAACGCCGAGAAGAACAACGCGGCGAACAAAGAGAUGGAGCUGAAGAACGUGCGCUCGACCCCAGCGAAAAAGUAAGAC